UUCCCCUCCCUGCUUGAAGUUGUUUUUUUCCAGGCAGGAAGAGCUGGAGGCUCUGGAGGGUGGACGGAGCUAUGCCCAUGUCCCCUGUCCACUCGGGACCAAAGCUGUGGGUGGGUGCCAGCCAUGGGCACCACUGGGUGCUGGGAAGAUGGGGCUGUGAGAUGGGUGUGCAUGGCCCUGUGCUGGCCGUGGCGUGGCACCUGGAGCUCUGCCACCUGGUGUGGCUGUGGAGGGGGGACAGCAGCCUUAGGGUCCCCUGGGGACUGUGUCAUGGUUUACAUAUUCUGUACCAGCUUGGGGGUGAGUCCCUGCUCCCUGGGGUUCUUUGCAAGGCCUUGAGAUGAUGCAGUCCUAUAGAAGGAAAGGUCUUUUUGUCUUUCUGUCCAUAUUUGCCCCUUCGAGCAUCCUGCGGCCCCCACAGCACGCAGCUUUGUUGCCCUCCAGUGAAGGUGCUGGGCGGAGGGCAGCGCCGUGCCCCAGCUCUGUGCUGGCUGCGGGGGGAAAACGCUGCAUCUCUCACAGCGCAGACAGCCUGACUCCAUCUGAUCGAUCGGGCAGCGCUGGAGGGACGAGGCCGGUCCCGUGCUCUGAGCUCGUGGGCAGACUGCAUCCCGCCUGGCUGCAGGGCCGGGGGCUGCUCACGUGCAGGGGGCUGGUGGGUGACCCCUCUGCUUUUGCAGGUGCCGCCAAGACCGAGAACGACAGGCGGCUGAGCGUGCAGUACAAACCAGGUGAUGAGUGCCCCGACAACGUCUUCUUCCCCAGCACGCGGCCACCACACCUGGAGGAGCUGCACAACCAGGCCCGCGAGGGGCUCAAAUCCCUGCAGCACCAAGAGAAGCAGAAGCAGACCAAAAGUGCCUGGGACCAAGGGGACACCAACAGCCUCCAGUCCUGUGCGUUGUCGGAGGAUGACAGUGUGUCCUUACGGAGCCGGGCAGCCUCCUGCAUCACCGACAGCGCCUCUGAGGACGCCCUCUCCAUCCGCUCUGAGAUGAUCCAGCGGAAAGGUUCCACAUUCCGACCACACGAUUCCUUCUCCAAAUCUUCAGAGAAGGCUGGCAGGAAGAGGAAAGAGAGGAGGACAACAGUGCUGGGCAUCCCCCAGCACGUCCAGAAGGAGCUGGGUCUCAGGAACAGCCGGGAGAUCAGGGAACGUCCCACAGAUGGGCACGUGGGCAGCCGGGCACCGCAGCCCCUGCUGAACGGCGGCCAGGUCUCCGGUGACGCCAUCCGUAUUCCCACCAUCGAUGGGAACCUGCCACCACUGGACGUUCCCAGGGGUGCCCGUGUGCGCCUGGGAGCCUUGGAGGAAACAGACACGGCCCUGCAGAAGCACAUUGACCGGGUUUACUAUGAUGACACGUUGCUGGGAAGGAAAACGUCAGCCAAGCUGUCGCCCAUGGUGAGGCCGAAGUCGUUGGCCGUGCCAGGCAUGACCACCAGCGCCAGCCCCCCGGAUCUGCUGAGCCCCGUCAUGUCCAUCUCACCUCAGGGCACCUACAUGUCCAAGAUCAUCCCCAACGCCAUCCUGCCACCUAUGGUGGACGUGGUGGCCCUGACGAGGAGCAGCGUGCGGACAUUGAGCCGCUGCAGCCUGGUGUCGUCCAGCCCGGCCUCGGUGCGCUCUCUCACCCGUUUCUCAGAGCGCAGCACCCGCAGCCGUGAGCCCUCUUCCUCCAGCGACAACUGGAGCCACUCGCAGUCCACCGAGACCAUUGUCUCCAAUAGCUCCACCAUCUCCUCGCAGGGCGGCUCCGACCGCCGGCAGGCUGAGGCUGGGCUGUGCAGCGAAGCCGACACCGCGCGACGCUCUGACACCGAUCAGAUCAGUGUGUACAGCUCUGCCAGCUUUGCCAGCGCCUGCUCCAAGCCUGCCGUGGCUGCAGUGCGCACAGCACACGGGCUGCUGGCCGUGGGGCCUCGCAGUGUGGGCGGCAGCAGCGGCCGCACAUCCCCCGCCUUCAGCACCAGCAGCCAGGCUGAGGGCUCGGACACGGGCAGCCUGGCGAGCGAGCGCUCCUCGGCACGCAGCGUCUCCCUCAGGAAGAUGAAGAAGCCCCCGGCACCCCCUCGCAGGACAUUCUCGCUGUACCAAAAGGCGGAGGGGGAGCACAAGGUGCUGGGGCUGCCCCCCAAGCCCAACCGGCGGCCACAGCAGGCGAGCGAUGUGCCCUGGUCCCCGCACCCUGAGCCCUUCAGCCCGACGGUUGAGGAUGAAGUCUUCUCCUCGCUGUCGCUGAGUGAGACCAGCAGCGUCCGCUCUGAGAGCUUGGCUGGGACCAACUCCCCCAAGACCUCACGGGGCAGCCCUGGUGAGCGGGGAAUAACGGUGGUGCUGAGGGAACCCUCAGCUCAGCCCAAGUGGAGCUGCCCGGAUGGCUCUGACCGCACCAUGUCACCCUCCAGUGGAUAUUCCAGCCAGAGCGGGACGCCCACACUGCCUACCAAGGGGCUGGGACCCCCGGCCGCAUCCCCAGGCAGGGUCCAGCCCCAGAAGCCGGACCGGGUCUGCUCCUUACAGUCCCCCGCGCUGUCCGUCUCCUCCUCCCUCACCUCUAUCUCCUCCUCUGCCUCAGACCCAGUGCCCUCUGAGACACCGCACUGCGUGCAAAGCCGUUCGGAUAGGUUUGUCAUCCCGCCGCAUCCCAAGGUGCCCGCUCCCUUUUCCCCUCCGCCCACCAAGCCCCAGAUACCUACCUGCCCCCCGCCGGCCCUCUCACCCCUUCACUGGACCCGUUGGUGCCCAGCGCCGCAGGGCAGGAGCCCUCCACCAAACCCAGCACCAAAUCACCACCGCCAUCACCACCGCCCGCCUACCACCCGCCUCCUCCACCGGCCAAGAAGGCAGAGGUGAGCCCCGAAACUGCCUGCGAGGCCCCCACGGAGGCUACCUGGCCCCCACCGCCCCCCCCGGCCCCUGAGGAGCACGACAUGUCCAUGGCAGACUUCCCCCCUCCAGACGAAGCCUGUUUCUCCAGCCUGCCCCCGCC